AUGGGAAACUCCGGCUUGAAACAACAUUACGAUAUUGCGUCUAAAACGGGUGUUUUACAAAUAUCAGACCAUAAGUUAAAAGACAUACCAGAGGAAGUACUCGGUUUGUGUGAAAUUUUGAGAAACUUAGAUUUAUCCAAGAAUAAGUUGGUACAUUUGUCUGAUGAUAUAAGCAAACUGAAGAAUUUAAAACAGCUCAAUGUCGAGUCUAACAGAUUAGAAACAUUACCCAGCUCCGUGGCGAAUAUGAAGAAAAUAGAGUUAUUGAACGCUUCAAAUAAUUUGCUAUCUGAAUUGCCACCGUCCUUCUCCAACUUGAGUAAUCUGAAGCAAAUCUACCUGAACAAUAACAAUUUCAAGCAUUUUCCAACUCAACUGCUGGGGCUGAAGAAUUUGGAUGUUGUCGAGCUUUCGCACAACAAGAUCACAGGGAUACCUAGUGGCAUGUCUCAGUUGUAUGCUGCUGAACUAAACUUGAGCCAAAAUGAGAUUUCAGCCAUUAGUGAAGACCUCCACCAGGCACCAAGGUUAAAAAUCUUGAGAUUGGAAGAGAAUUGCUUGAGCCUUGAUGCAAUCAGACCAAGUUUGCUACGGGACUCCAAGAUCCACACUAUUAACUUGGACGGCAACCUUUUUGAGUCUAAGCAGUUGGCAUCUAUGGAGGGCUACAAUGAAUACAUUGAAAGAUAUACUGCAAUGAAGAAAAAAAUGUUUUAA